AUCGAGGAAAAGGGCACCUGGCUACACACAGCAACGAUGGGCGAUCCCUGCUUCAUGGUCAUCCGGAAUGGCAAGCGAUUCUACCGCUCCACGCCUAGUUAUGCGCAGUUCAACGAGCCUAACCACUUCAGCGGCUCAGUCAUCACCUUUGCCAUGGACCCGAGCAUCAAGCACAACUCCGUCAAGUACGGCAACCCGCCGCACGUGCUCCUGAAGGGCGACAUCAUCGUAGUGGGCACAAAUGGGUUGUUUGACAACGUCUGGGACGACGAGAUCGUCGAAGUUGUCAACCGAACGAUCGAGAAUACCAAAGUUGAUGAGGAAACAGCAGCGGCUUAUCCUCUCGAGGGAAUGAUCGAUCCGGAGAUCAUCGCCGAAGCCUUGGUGAAGCAGGCUACCGCCAACUCGACCAAUUUGGAAAAGAAGUCUCCAUUUGCUGAAUACGCGGAGAAGGAGGGGUACAUCUACAUAGGCGGCAGAGAGGACGACGUCACCGCCGUAGUGUCCUACGUGGUGCCGCAGAAGAACUGA